AUGACAACGCCGGCCGAGCCAGUGGUACCUCCACCAGAUGAGACCAUGACAGAGGGGGAGGGCCACCAAAGGUCAAACAAGAAGUUCAAGGCUAAGAAACGCUUCUUCGCCGAAACAGUGAGCGCUCCUAUCUCCUUCAAUGGCGAGGAAGCCCCCAUCGCCGAUGAGCAUGAAUGGGCUUUUGAGGAUCCGGAGAUUGAGUCUGACGGAGAGAUGGAGGAGCAAGAUCCCUCCGACAGUCGACCAAGGGUGAGAAUUCCUAAGGAACUUCGGAGAGAAUUGUGCCAAGAAUGGAAACUUGCUUUGAUUAUCAAGUAUCUUGGUAAGAAUAUCAACUUUAACGUCCUAAACCAAAGGAUUCCAAACUUGUGGCGCUUACAGGGUAAGUACAAGCUUAUGGAUAUCAGAUAUGGGUGUUUCGUAAUAAGAUUCGAAGAUCGCAAAGACUACCUACAUGUCCUACUUGAUGGACCAUGGAAGGUUUUUGAUAAUUAUCUGGUGGUUCAAAGAUGGGAACCAAAGUUCAAACCAAGAACAGCAAAACUUUCAAAAAUGGCAGUGUGGGUCAGAUUGCCGAAUCUCUACCCAGAAUAUUUCAGGGAUGAUGUUGUGAAAAUGAUCCUCGAAAACAUUGGAAAACCUCUUAAACUAGACCGAACGACGGCAACAAGAAAAAGAGGGCGCUUCGCGAGAGCAGCAGUGGAGGUAGACCUGGAUCAACCACUGGUGACCGAAAUUUGGGUGCAAGAUGAGAUCCAAUUUGUGGAGGAACAAACCUGCCCGCUCAAUAAGGCGAAGACGACCGAAACAUCAAGCAUGGACUUGAACGCCACACCGGAAGCAGAACAUGAUGAGCCGCAGCAAUCGACUCCUGCGACACAGACGGGGGAGAUGAAUUCGACUCCCCAAAAGGUUGAUACAAUCCCUGAAAAACGUCCCCUGGGUUCAUGGAUGCUCGUUACCAGGAAAAAGAAACCGAGUGGACAGACCAAGGACCAUCUCCAUGACAAGAACCAGACUCCGAAGACGCGCAACAAUGCCAACCGCUACGAGGUGUUGGGAGGGAGGGCUGGCUCUCAGAACGCUAACCGCAAUAACGCUAAAGGAAAAGGUAAGGCUCCCGUUAAUGAUGAAGCAAGAGUUAACUCUGUCCCCGUGUCUUCGCAGGUGGCUCGUGGAGUGGCAAAUCCUAGAACGAACUUGAAUAACCCCAACGCCUCAAGACCACCUAAUGCUACUGCCUCCAGUUCGAGACAGCAGAAUAACAAAAGGGGAGGCAUGCAUUCCCAGGGACGUAGCAUGCAUAGAGGUGGGGGAAGUGGAGGGCGUUCGGCAGCUCCAGACGGCCGUAUGAACAAUGCUUGGCUUAAUCAAAAUUCAUCGGCUAGAGUGUUCACGUUCGGCAGUACGCAGUCUGCACCGAACUUCCAACGUAGCAGUAAUCAAGGCACUAAUGGUCUUGGGACUCCGAAUGGUUCCACGCCUGGAGAGGGCGUUUGUCAAACCUCUUCGUCUGCCAUGGGUGAUCAAUGA